AUAUGUGGUGCAGGAACUUUAUUCUGCCUGAAUAACGCAUCUUUGCGAUUUAGCAAGGAUGGAGGAUCCUGGAUUGAGCCUCUUUCAAGGCCCUGAUGGUAUCCAGCUGAACACUAGUUCGCAGAGACAAGAAGAGGAAGAAGAGCAAGAUGAAAUCGAUCGACGCAAUGAGUUGCAGAACAUGGUGGAAUGUGAAUUCGAAGACCUAGACGAUGACUUUGAUGCUAGCUCAGUCAAUAGUAGUCAUUAUCAAGAUACAGGUCAUGUUGAUCAUAGUGAUAUAAACUCAUCCCUGCAUCCAAAUGAGGCAGAAAAGAUUCAAACAUCAUCAGAAUUUCGAAGAGAUUUCAGAGUGUUUAAUCACGUGGAAGAAACAAACAAUUGUGACCAAAGUACUCUAUCGAUUCAUCGAUUGGACUCGAACAGUGGACCAACGGUAUCCGAUAUACAAAGGGAUUUCAAUGUGCACAGCCAAAUUGCAGUGUCUUGUAAUAAAUCUGACAGAAUUGGCAAUAUAGCUGGUAGCGCUUCAGAAAGUUUAUAUGAUUUACCGAAGCCACCAAUGUUAGAACGUGGUCAUAGUUUUCGAAGACCAGUGAGUGAUGAGUACAGUUUUAACCAUGGCUAUCCAGACAACUAUGAUACUCCAGCAAAUCAUUAUGACAGGAGGAUAAACAGUUAUCCAAAUAAUGGGUACAUAGACAGGUAUGGAAGCAGUGUACUUGAUAAGGUUCAGGAGUUAGGAGCUGGUGACAAUGAGAGUAAUGACCACAUUAACCGCUACAAUAAACCUGGCUUAAAUGGAAGAUCGGUCAAUGACAGUACAGCUUAUAAAAUGACAGAGUACCAGAGUAAAGAACAAAUAGAAGUUUUAUAUUCAAUCAGAAUGCGAGAAAUUGAAAAAUUAACCGAUCAGUUGGACCAAUUAAGACUUGAAAAGAAAGAAGAAAAAAGUCAACUUGAUAGGAAAUUGGCACUUGCACAGGCAGAAAUUGAAAGGACAAAGCUUUCUAGAAAUCAGGCUCAAAAUGCUCUCGUUGAUGCGAGAGCUGAAAUUACUGAACUUCAUACUCAAAUGGCAGCUUUAAAGGAAAAGAUUGCUGUUCUAGAAAAGACUAAUAAAAACAUGUCAGAAGACUUAUCGGUUGCAAGAGGGUCAGUGACAGACUUACAGCAUAAAGUAGCUGUAUUGGAAGGCAUACAAUCGCUUCAAGCUAAUGAUAAGACUCAUGAAAAAUUUCUAAAGCAGGCUCAAGAAAAGCAUACAGUAGAAGUGCGAAAUAUGCAGACACAAAUAGAUGUAUUGACUGACAAACUAAAUACAAAGGAAUCCUCUUACGUUGCACUGGAAAAUAAAUUGGCUGAUGUGAGACGGGCUCAUGAGACACUCAUGGUGGAGAAAGGAGAUACCAUGAAUCGUCUAGCUGAAGCUUUGGAAAAAAGUCAAGCUCAAUAUCGCAAUCUUAUGGCUAGUAAUAACGCUCAAGAAAUAAUGCAACUCCAGACACAAGUAAAACUGGCUACACAAGAAAAGGAAGAAUUAUUGAAAACUGUACAGGAACUGCAUCAUAAGUUGGAACUUGCGAAAAGUGACAUAACACAGUACGAUUCGUUAUUGGGCACAACGUGUGAGGAAGAAUCUGACUCCAUCAGGCAAAUGAAGUUAGGUGAAGCUUUUCAUAAAUCUAAAUGUAAAUCAUCCGAAGAUAUCACACAGAAAUUGAAAGGAGAAUUACAAAGGUGUUUAGCAGGGCAAGCUCUAAAGAGAAAAGAAAUAAAUCGUCUAGAGAAUACUCUUGCACAAAAGGAAGAAGAACUUGAGAAAGCUUUGAAGCUGGCGGAAACGUGUCGAGAAGAAGCAGCACGUCAGGCUAAACGUGUCAACGAAUUGGAACAUGAACUUAAAUCUUUACUUACGGACAAAGCAAUGAAGGCAAAUAUCCAGAUACAAAAGUUGUCGGAUCAUCUACAAGAUGUGAAGAAACAAUACGAAAAUAUGAAAGAAGAAAAGGAAUCGGUAGAGCAAAGAUUAAAACAAGCAUUAGCUGCUAACGAAGAGACACUUAAGCAGCUGCACAAAGAAACGCUGGAACAGCAACAACAGGAGGCAGUCGCUGAGUACAAUAAAGAAUACUUAGAGAUACAUGACAAAGCUAUAGAGAGAGUGAGGCAAGAGGCGGAAGUAGAAAUAGUGCAAUUAUCAGUGCAAUUACAGGAAACUCAAAAACAAUUGGAUAGUGUUAAAGAAAUGUAUGUAGAUGUUUGUCGUACAAAGGAGCAAUUGAUAGCCGAGCACAAGAAGGAAAUAAAAGCUUUAAAGGAAACGUAUUUUAAUUUGGAAGGGCGAAAACAAGAGAUGGAGAAAAUGGCAAUUGAUUUAAGUACACAAAUCAAAGUUACCGAAAGGUUGUCAAAGGAAUGCGAAAACUACAGGAGUAAAGUUAAUGAAUUGGAGAAAGAGCUGUCCCAGGAAAAAAAGAAAAGAGAUGAGUACACGAAGAAGAUCCACACUGAAAUUGAAAGAGCAAAAGAAAGCGCGCUACAAGAGUUACGAAAUGCUUAUCCAAAUCAACACAUCAACAUUCAUCUGCCCGACGCUCAUUGUUCCGAACAUUUAGAUAAAAUUACACAGUUAGAGGAUGACUGUAGACGUUUGGAGGAAAAAUUAUCUGUUGCUGUCGAAGAACAAAGGAAAAUGUCGGAUUUACAGACUGAAUUAGAUGACACCAGAUUAAAAAUUGCUCAAAUGGAAAUAGCCUAUGAAUCGUUAAAAAAGAAAUAUGAAAAUAUUGUUAUCGAAAGAGACAGUCUCAGUUCGAGGAUUUCUCAACUAGAGGAUGAGCAGCGUAAUGCGAGGAAAAAUUCGAAAAAGGAGGAUUCUGACGAUGCAAAGUUAAAAAUUGCUGAAAUGCAGUUGGAAAACAAGGCACUGCGUGGAACCUACGAUGUCCUGUUGCGAGAUAGGAAUGCUUGCAAAGAAAAAAUAUCUAAAUUGGAGACUGAGCUGGCCGAAGCUAAGCAGACAGUGUCGAGUCUCGAAAGUAGGUUAAGAAAAUACAGCGAAUCUUCCUUAACGUCAAGGAGCGAGGUGGACAAGGAGUUGUGUCAGUACAAAGAUACCGUAGUUCAGUUGACGAGUAAAUUAAAUAGUUUAAAGGACAGCCGCAAAGGAGACUUCAUCCUUGAACAAAGAAUAAAGCAACUUGAGAAAGAUUUACAAGACAGGGACGACAAAUUACAGAGAUUGAAAGGUUUUGAAAAUAUUAAGGAAGAGAGGGACCAGCUUGUCAUGAAAUUGAAGAAUCAGGCCAAACAGUUCGAGCAGUAUAUAAACAGCCAAAGACAAGUCUCGGCUGAAUUGAAUUUGUCUCCGCGUAGUGGUGGCGAUGGGACGGAUUUUCAAAAAUUAAAAGAAAUGACCAUAAAGGAGGUUCGCGAAGGAAUGGAACAAAGGGUAGCGGAAGAGUUGAGAGCUAUCGAAGAACAGCACCGAGAAAAACGGUUGGAAAUUGAAGAGAAAUAUAAAAGCCUGUUGAUGGAGCUUCAAGCUAAGUGUAAUGACAAAACUAAAGAGGUAGAAGCUAUGAAAGAGGCCUUGCUCAGUGAAAAAGUAAAACUCCAUUCUUCGUUCAAAGCUCAGGAACAGAUGACUCAAAUGACCGAAGCUAGAUUACAGAUGUUCCAUCAAGAAUUGAUAUCGAAACAACUCAGAAUAGAAGAGUUGCAGGUUGCUUUAAGGCAGAAAGAAAACGAGGUCGAGGAGGAAAAGAACGUCAUGACUCAAGUAAUAUCCGAAUGGACGUCGGAAAUAAAAGAGAUUCAGACGAAAGAAGGAGAAAUGAAGGAUGAGAUUCGAAGGUUAAAGGAAGCAGAGGAACGAUUGACCAAGGAGAUCGAUGAACUACAUGAACAGGAAUCUCAGAUGAAAAAUAGUAUUGCUUCGCUAAAGGAUAAAUAUCAAUCUGCUAAAAAGAUUGCAAAUAAUUACAAGAAAUACGCAGAAAGUAAGGAGCAAUUUUUAACCAGCGAAUACAAGCGUAUAAAAGAGGGUUAUGAAAGAGCCAUGAUUGAAGUACAACAAAAAGCCGAAGCAAUUCUCAGUACUAACGAAAAGUUGACAGAACUCGAAAGUCAAUAUGAGCAACGGUUGGAACAGAUGCGACUUAAACUGAAGUACAAAAAUAAAUGUUGAAGUAUGUAUUAAUAUCGUUAGUAUGCAAUAUAGCUUUUCGUAGAUUAGGAUAAAUUGUAGUUAGAAGAGGCUAGUUAUUUUUUAAUUUAUAGCACUUUAUUGUACAACAUUUUAUCAGAAGAGUUUUAUUAUAGGGACCAAUUAGUUACAUUCAGCCACUGCUACCUGGUGAAAUUGUAUUAAAAGGUUUCAAAAAUAUCUAGGUUCUUCUCAUUUUCAAUGUGAAUUUCAGAAUUCUGAAAUGAUCAAGUUGAUCGUAACAUAUUUCUGUAUAGCUCGAUUUUUUUUUAUUUGCCUUUAGUAACCGUUUCAGAAACAGUAUUGUUAAAUUGACGUAAAGUAAAUGUUUUUUAACAUCCUAGCCGAUCGAUGAACAUGAAAAUGUUUUAGUAGUACAUUUCGUAUUAUAUUUUCAGUAUUCAUUUCUUGAUAAAUAAGUGCCUUUCCGAAAGCUGUUCACGAUUAAUGUAUUCUCCUUUAUUUCAGUAUUUUACAGACGUUAGUUCAUUGAAUUGCAUGAGUCGAAAAUUUGUAAUAAUUUCUUAUACUCUUUAAAAUAGUUUAUAUGCGAACCAUCUAUUGGACAAUCUAGAGACAAAAGAAGUACUUAUAAAAAAAGAGCUAUUAAGAAAAUAUUUUUCCACCGGUGAAAAAAAAAGAAAUUGUUUUCGUAAAAUCGGAUAGAAUGAUUUUAAUUUGUUUCUUGAAAAGAAACGUUGCCUCCCGCGUGUACAUAAAUUCUGAAAUAAUUGAUAAUGAGAUUACUGAUUCAUGAUACGCGGAAUAUGAAUCUAAACUGCUCCGACAGGAAGUACGAUACUUUAAGAUAUGGAAAAAGCAUAACAGACAAUCGCCUGUGCUAUGCUUAACGGGUUUUUCGAGUUUGCCAGUAACAUUGUGUUACACAGAAAGAAAUACUUAUUUAAGUUCUUUAUAUUUCGGUCCAACCUGAGUGAGAUACUCACUCCGUGUCUACAAAAUACUUGACAUAAGACUGGAUCUUAAUAUUUGUCAUAAGGUACUCGAAGUCAGUACAGUUUUAACAGUUGUAUCAGAGAACAGACGCCAUUUAGAAUGAAAUAUGCCCUUCCAUGGAGAUUAUUCAGUCAUUCGCAAUUCCCUCUAAGUUCACUGGUACACGCGUGUGUACCGUGUGUUCAAACAAACUGAGAUUAAAUCAUGACAAAAACGAACAAGUUAUUAGCACGUAUAGUUUGUGAAAUGUAAAAGGUUUGAUUUCUACGUGGAGCCAUUCUUUGAUGAUUUAGUUUUCUCCUUGAGAGAUCGUUCGAUUCUCAAGCUCGAAUUCUCUGUUUCUCUUUCCGCCUUUGCCUAUUUUCUUGCCUUACUCCUUCGAAAGUUUGCUCUCUAUAGUAUUUAAUAAGAAAUCUACCUGUACAAAGUGUGACUCUCCAAUAUACAAACAUUUUAUAAGAUUUCCUGUACAAAAUAUUGCGCGGCCGACUUAAUGUAAGCAACCAGGCUCAUAAAUUUAAUGUGACAUACCGUAGGCAGAGAUUAUAAGAAAAAUUAAGUUAAGUUUAUCUUUAUCGACUAGAGAAUAAGAAUGUUACCGUACAAAUUUUCCAUAAUAUUGAGGAUAUUUGAAAUUGUAGAUACCAGUAUAUCUGCGUCUAGGAAUAAUGUGUAUAAAAUUUCGAACAUUUCGCGGUUCAACCGUUUCUGCACGAGAGUACAUAAUUCACCUUCCACGUGGUUAAAAACUACCGGAAAUACGUCGCUUCAAGUAUUCUUCAAUUCAGGCGUAUUCCAUCAGAUAUUUUGUUUAUGAAUAUAACGCUGACACGAAAUUUUGUAAUAUAUCCCAUGAAAAUUAUAAUCCUUAACGCCGAUACCAUACAAUUUUCGAAGUCUACGGUUAAUCGAAUGGACAUUGGCUGUACAUUCUUUUAACGUGCGCUGAAAUUAUGCAACUAUUCGAUCACUGAUGUCUAAUCGAUUUACUUUCCUCCACGUGCUUAAUAUACCCCAUUCGAGUAAAUUUAUAUAUAUAAAUAUAUACACACAUAUGUAAAUCACGAUAAUAUAAAGUACUAACUUGUCAACGCUGUCAUGCUUUUCUACUAAUGAUUCUUAUAACAUUACCGUAAUUACUAUAAAAAUCAUCACUGAA